UUUGAGUCCUGGUUAAACUGAAUCCUAUUUAAUUUUAUUACUCAGACAAAUCUGAGAUCAAAUUGCAUUUAUUUCCUUGUUCUCAAGCCAAAACAUAAUAGCUUGUGAUGUUUUCGCAUUAAAGUCUAUAGAUUAAGUGCAUAAAUGAUUUUUAUCGAUGCAGCGCUAAAAUUAAUCAGCAAGGUUGUUCUUUUACAAUAAUCAGCGAACUGUGACUUUAGAGGACGUAAAUUCUCACACGUGACGAGACAUUAACUUUGUUAAAAUACUCGUAAUUUUCACACUAUUGUCGACCUGUAACAAAAAACACACCCAUUUCAUAUUUAUAUUUACAAGAAGAAUGAAUAUCAAGUUACAAUAUACGUGACUCUGUUAGGUGGUACUAAAGAACAACUAUAGGUUAAAAUUUGCCAUUAUCAUUAAAAAUUUGAAUAUGCCUACGGUUUCCACGGAGCAAGGGAUGCUGCGAGGCAUAAAAUCAAAAACUGACAAUGGAUUUGUGUUCUAUGAGUUUUUGGGUAUUCCAUAUGCCAAGCCGCCGCUGGGUCAACUGAGAUUUAAGAGUCCUCAAUCUCCAGAAAAUUGGAAUGGCGUGAGAGAUGCAAUAGUGGUUGACAAGAACAAAGUGUCAAUUCAAUUAGACUUAAUUACUGGUCGAGUUGUGGGAAGCGAAGACUGUCUCUACUUGAACGUCUAUACUCCUAAAAUACCAGUGGACAAAUCUGGAACAUUACCAGUAAUGGUCUAUAUACACGGUGGUGGUUUUAUCCGAGGCAAUGGAAUUUUAAAAACACAAUAUGGACCUGAAUUUCUCAUCGAACAUAAUGUAGUUAUUGUCACAAUCAACUAUAGGCUUUCUGUCCUAGGAUUUUUAUCCUUGGAUAUUCCUGAAGCAGCCGGUAAUAUGGGUUUAAAAGAUCAAGUUAAGGCUCUUGAGUGGGUCCAAAAUAACAUAAUAAAUUUUGGUGGUAACAAAAAUAACAUUACUUUAUUUGGGAUGAGUGCAGGCUCAGCUUGUGUUGAUUAUCAUAUUUUAUCACCAAAAUCUAAGGGUCUAUUCCAUAAAGCUAUUCUUCAAUCGGGCUCCUGUCUUAAUUACUGGACGCUUAAUAACGAUUCAAUGAAAUUAGUAAAUCUGCUCGCCGAAAAUUUGGGAUAUAAAGGAUCACUGGAAAAUAAAAUCGAUCUCAAUAACUUCCUUUUAAAUAUUCCUGGAACAGCGCUGACCACGUCGGCUACUCUGAUAGCCGAAAAUUGGACGGCUGAUGGGCUUUUCUUUGGAUUUGUUCCUAUUAUCGAAAAAGAUUUUGGCAAUGGUGAUGCUUUUUUAACUGAAAAACCAUAUCGAUUAUUAAAACAAGGUAAUUUCAACCGAGUACCUGUUAUCAAAGGUUUUUGCCAAAAAGAGGGUUAUUUAAUGCGUAUUGUGAGUCAAGAAACAAUAACACGGCUUCUGGAAAAGAAAAUGUUUACUGAUCGUUGGUCAAUCGAUAUUGAUGUUGAGGAAAGAAUUAAAUACAACGCUCAGCUGACUCAAGCUUAUUUAGAAGACAUUACACCAGAAGAUGAUUAUGAUACACUUGCAAUUGAUUUCAUAUCUGAUUCCGAAUUCAUCUCUGGCAUUUGGAUUAGUGGAAAACUGAUAGCUGGUCAUGGUGUACCUGUACGUUUCUAUGAGUUUUGUUAUGAUGGAAAGAUCAACUAUUUCAAACGACUUUGUAAUAUAAAGAGUAAAGGUGCGACACAUACUGACGAUGAAAGUUACUUGUUUUGUCAUCAAUUCUUGGAAGCAGCUACCGGACAGGAUUUAAUUAUGCAAAACGUCAUGACCAAGAUGUGGACUAAUUUUGCUAAAUCGUCUUCCCCUACUCCAGAAGAUAGAUUGAAUACUUUGACUGAAUGGCCCGUGUUCACAAUAAGUAAUCCUGUUUCGUUGAAAAUCGAUAAGAAAAUUAAAUUACUGAAUAAUUAUGAACCAAAAAGAAUGAAGAUUUUUGAAGAAAUUUUUGAAAAAUAUGAAAAAUAAUUCGAUGUAACUUUUUAACUUAUUUUAUUUCAUAAUUCUUAUUUUUAUUUAGGUUCGCGUAUUAAUUAUAAUUUACAAUUUACACGCACAAUGUUCAUAUAUUGUGUGUGUUUGUACUCGACUACUGUUUUGACUGGCGCUGAAUUAAAACGACAAAAUUCAUUAAAAUUAAGUCAUUUACAGUUCAGAAAGACAACUUUCAAAAAAAUAAGAAGUCAGCAGAAAAUAAUUAAAAACUAAACCAUAACUUGUUUAAAUUAGCGAAAGAAAUAUAACGUAAACUAAGUUUUUAUAGCAAUAGGUUGCAAAGAGCAAGGUAUUGAAUAACUUUUCAUCCGAAUACCAUGGACAUCACCAAAGGAACAGCAGCAACAUGUAAAAAAAAUCAUAAUUUUACAGGGUAAAAUAUUCACAAUUUUUCGUUGUUUUUAUCGACACAAUGAGAGCGUACCGAGUUCCAUCAAACCGAUUCAAACUCAGCAAUGAGAUAGCCGGAUGCACACCUGUGCGCGCCGCGAGCUGCGACCCGCCAUGCCGUGAGAACCGACAUCUCUGACAGCCUCCGCGUCAUCGACAGAUCGCGAAAACAAUCAGUUUGUAAUCUUACUAAUAUUUACAACACAAUUAUAAAAUGAGAAAAGCAAUCGCCAAUUUUAAAUUACACUUCUCAUUACCAAUAAUAGAUUUAAUUCCAAAAUACACAUGGCUAGUAAAACUUGACACAGGCGAAAUGUAUAAUUUAGAAGUGAAUUAGCAGCUUAAGGCAAUCAGAAAUGAAUAGUUCAUCUAAUUGUCGACUUAAACACCACUUCAUAAGAUGUAAUAUAAUUUAUUUGUCAUCAAAACUGAAUUUGCACUGUAUUAAAGCUUUACAAAGUGAGGUCUGUUGUUAUUUUGUACGCUUCGAACAUCCGCGUAGGACAAUUACCGCAACUUUUUGUUAUUCGAUAUGUAACCACGUUAAUUAAAUA